AGGGGGAAAAAAGUAUAUAAUAAUGUUUUUCAUACAGAUAAAUGACGUCAUCGUGCGACAAAAUAAUAGUUGCGAAACACCUAUCUUAUUACGUGGUCCAUUAGGAUAAGUCGAGGGUAGUUCUAUUGUUAUAUAUUGUUAAAUAUAAUACUGUUCUAUUUAUAGUGGAGGGAUAGUUCAUGAGACCUCAGUACAUUCAUUUCAUUCGAACGAUGCAUGUUGUCUUGGGCAGUAUUUCGAUUUGGACAUUAUACGCGUUGGUAUCAUGCGUGUCGGUCUCAUGUCUGUCGAUGGCCAAGAAAGUGAGGUGGGAAUUGGUGUACGACCCCUUGCCGAACGACGAAUCAUUCGAUCGGUUCGCCGCCGCCGACCACCACGCGACUGUCAACCUGAUACAGCAGCGUGACGAGCAACAGCAACAGCGGGACGAGCAGCAGCAAUGGCGACACCGGGAAGAGCAGCAGCAGUGGCGGUACCGGAACGAGCAGCAGCAACGGCAACACCACCACCAGCAGCAGCAACAGAAGCGGGACGAAUGGCAGCAGCUAAGGUACGCCGAUACCCUGUCAGUCGCCGCGUCCGAGGCUUGCAACUGCACAGAAGUCCCAUUGGUCUACAACCUGACCGAAAACCACUACCCCAAGGAACUCAUGUCGGUCACAUGUAGCGGCAACUUGUGCAAGACGGCCUGGUACAGCGUGCCGGUGUUGUUGAAAUCGAACACGCAACAGGUGGAAAACCAAGACGACUUGCCGGACGAGCUGCAGCAGAACGUCAAUCACUGGAAGUUCGACUCCGUAAACAUCACGGUUGCCUGCUACUGUUCUAUUAAAUAAACGCUAUGCCUUUGACCUAUAUAUUAUAAUAACACGACAUUUUUAUCGUUUCGUUUUAUCCUGCAUCACCCACCUCCUCCCACCUUCUCCUCCUCCUCCUCCUUUUAUCACCAUUCAGUGCUCUAUCUACAAAAUAAUAGGCAAAAGGCAAUUGGCAAGUUAAUAAAAAAAUGAAUUGAUGUUAAGUCAAGUGAACACGAGAUCUUUAAUAGUUAAUAGUUAAUAGUUGACAAAUAAUACAUUUAACUUGACUCAGUUUAAAAUAUUAUGUAACUUUAUGAUUUAAUUUUAAUUUUUUUUGAUUAGUGCGUGGACCACAUAUAGAUGUUAAUGUGUUCUUUCUUAUUUCUUGAACUAUAAUAAACAAUUUUAUUGAACUUCAAUCACCAAAUUCGUUUGUUUUUUCAUGAAGUACACUUUAGCUUAUAGCCUUUAGGUAUUAUAAUUGUAUCAUAAUAUUUAACGCGUCUAUACAAUAUAUUAUUUUAUAUGUCAAUUUGAUUUUCAAGUUAUUAUUAGAUGUUUUUCUCAAGAUAUGAUAAAAACAUCUAAUAAUAACUAGAUAAGAAUCUGGUUAGCGACCGUAUCAAUCACUGGCAGUUCGACUUUGUACGAAUCCCGGUCGCCUGCUUU